CCUGUGUUUCCGCCGCCGGUGAAACCAGGCGGGACGUCACACAUGAACGGGCCGCGGCCCUGCCGCUCAACAUGUCUGGAGGCCGGUUUUUCUGGAUGAGACAAAAGCAUUUCCCACCUUCCAUUUCCCGGAGACAGCCGGCGGUUAAUAAAGAGAUACCACCCGGAAACACGCGCUCAUUGUCUGCGGUGCGACGUCGGCGCGGGACACGAACUCAACAGGACUUUAUUAUCCGUGACUUUAUUAACCGCCCGCACCCACUAGUCUACGAAGAGGUUCGUUAUUGAAGUCUCAGUCUGCCGGAGCGGUGUAGCUCAAGUGCAGCCAGCGUCCAAUCAUCUCCUUCCUGAGACCAUCUAAUCAAUGCAGGUGACAGGAUGGAGAACCAGAACCAGGCGCUGCAGCGGUUGCGGUCGGCGUUCCGAUCGGGCAUCACCAUCCCGGCGCAGUUUCGCUUGUCUCAGCUGAACCAGCUCAUGUCCAUGAUCCAAGAGAACGAGGAGCUGAUUUUAAAAGCUCUGCACCAGGACCUUGCCAAGCCAAAAUUUGAGGCCAUCAUGUCUGAGGUUGACAUCGUGGUCAACGAGCUGCACUUUGCCAUCGCUAACUUCACAAGCUGGAUGCAGCCCGAGUAUGUCAGCAAAAACCUGGCCACAAAGCUGGAUGACUGCUUUGUUCGGAGGGAGCCGCUGGGAGUGGUGCUGAUCAUUGGGCCCUGGAACUACCCCCUACAUCUGCUUCUUCUACCUUUGGUGUCAGCCAUUGCUGCAGGAAACUGUGCGGUCAUCAAGCCGUCAGAGGUCAGCGCCCACACCGACCGUCUGAUGGCCGAGCUCAUCCCCAAAUAUUUGUCUCAGGAGUGUUACACGGUGGUCCGUGGUGGAGCCGAGGAGACCACCAGCCUUCUGCAGCUUCGCUUUGACCACAUCUUCUACACAGGUUCUCAGGCCGUGGCGCGCAUCGUCAUGCGGGCCGCCUCGGAGCACUUGACCCCCGUGACCUUGGAGCUGGGCGGCAAGUGUCCGUGCUUCAUAUACGGGAGGGUGGACAUCGCGGCCGCUGCCCGCCGCCUGGUGUGGUCAAAGUAUUUCAACGCCGGCCAGAGCUGCGUGGCGCCCGACUACGUGCUGUGCUCGGGCGCCACGCGGGACGCCCUGCUGCCGGCGCUGCGCGAGACCCUGGAGCAGUUCUACGGCAAGGAGCCCCAGAAAAGCCCCGACAUGUCCCGCAUCGUGUCCCCUCGCCACUGGACUCGGCUGAUGGAGCUGCUCAAGAAGUCCUCUGGCAAGGUCGUGGUGGGAGGAGAGAGCGACCAGCAGGACAAGUACUUCGCUCCCACCGUGUUGGUGGACGUGGGCGAGGACGACGCCCUGAUGGCGGAGGAGAUCUUCGGCCCCAUCUUGCCCAUCCUCACCGUGGAGUCUCUGGAGGAAGGCAUCGACUUGAUGAACCGCCAAGAGAAGCCGCUGGCCCUCUACGUCUUCUCCGACGAGGCCUCCGUGGUGAACACGGUUCUGGAGAGGACCAGCAGUGGAGGAUUCUGCUCCAACGACGGGAUCAUCCACAUGUGCCUGCCAACGCUGCCCUUCGGGGGUGUAGGGACCAGCGGCUUCGGCAGCUACCACGGCCGCUGGGGCUUCGAGACGUUCAGCCACCGGCGGGCCGUCAUGCUGCGCGGCUGGGCGUUGGAGAGGCUCAACGGCCUGCGCUACCCCCCCUACCAGGAGAACAAGCUGAGCUGGCUGCGCUGGACCACCUCGGCCAAGAGCAGCUGCUCGCUCAUGUGAUGCCGUGCGUAUGGAUGGAUGUUCAAACACGAUUAAGCACACCUUUUUUCAGUUAUUGUAAAAGACAUAUUUUGUAUCUAGAGUGCUUUUAAGAAUGUGUCCUAUUCUGUCCCACCUCCAGCACUUCUUUGUCCGCAGUGUUUUAUGAAUUGUGGUUAAUAUAAAUGACUUUACCGAUAAGGCCAUUGCCUCUUUGUUCACAAUAACCUCACUUCAUUCAUGUCAUUAUUUUUGUGUUGCUGUUUUGAUUCAUUCAUUUAAUUUUCUCUUGUUGGCUUCAGCGACGCAGCAGGGUUCUUGUCUGUGGUACAAGUGUCUUUUCCAUCAACUACUGUAAAUACUCUAAUCUAUUGUCACAUCUGUGUCAGCCGCUGUUCUUCACACAAUAAAUGUUGACAUUUUUUUCACACGCCGCUACAGGAAAAGCAUCUUUAAUGCGGGGCUUCAAGUCACAACCACUAUGUACAAAAGUCAUGCCCAAGUUAAACAUUUUACAGGGAAAGCACUGAUGGUUUAAAAAAAAGGGGUUUUGCUAUUGAUCAUAUGUCAACAUUGAAGCACUCCUGGGUCCUUUGCCUGGAAGCUGAUCGCUUUGAGGAUUGAAAAUAAAGUCAAAUAACACAA